UCUUUCUCAGAGACUGGGUGUGUGAUCGAAUUGUUCAGGACUGGAGACCCAGACGAAUAGAGAAAUAGGCUACCUGUUCAUGGAAAUCAAACAGUGAUCUCUUAUUGUUUGAGAGCCGGACGAGAUGUAGGAUAACGGUUGGUUUUGUCUGUAAACUGGAGCAAUGACCACCACCACCACAAUACCUGCGAGGGGUCAAGGAUUGGACAGGUGUGUUACCUGUGGAGCGCGUGGAGGGGCUAGCAGAUGUGCAGCCUCGAGUUUAGACUGAUCGGUCACCCACACCUCGUUGCCUGUGUGUUAGCCCCACAUGGAUGCUAUACCUGGUUGGAACACAAAGCACAUGGUAAGCAUGCCUGCCUCUCCGAGCCAACACCUUGCCUGUGUCCUCACCUCGGCUUCCCCCUGAGCCCCAGGCUCCACCUGAAACCGUUAUUCUGUCGGCCCAUUCUAACCUGAGCACCAUGGUGAGAUGACCAGCCGCUCGGUAAUCUGCCAGAGGACCCCAUUCUGUGCGUCUUUGUUGGACACACACUAUCUGUCUGCCUGCGCUCUGGGUUUCCUUUGUAACAAAGGGUUUACGCAGAGCGGAGUGGACAGGGCAACAGAGCGCCCGGAGUUUGGCUGUGGGGUUUGGCAGCUCUUUGUUGCAUAGAUGGCAGCGGGACCAGAGCGGCCGGUGGCGGAGGCGCAGCGGCAGGACCGGGAACAACCGCCACCGGAGAACGGCUUCAUGCCUCUUGAGCAGACACAGGCACCUAGGCUCCUGCAGCACGUCGACGGCUCGGUACUACCGCCUCUCGGGGGAUUUGGGAAACACCAAAAACAGCUUGUUGUUCUGACGUGGAUACCGGCGUUAUUUAUCGGAUUUAGCCAGUUUUCGGAUUAUUUCCUUUUGGCGCAACCAAAAGGAACGUGCGUGCAGCCUCUUGUUAACGGAAGUAAUUGGACCGUUGGUUCUUUAAAGUUGCCCUUGACCGCCACGAACGGAGACAUUGGUAAGCCCGUGCCUUACAGCGGCGGCAUGGAGUGCGAGUGCAAGGAGUGGAAGCUCGAGCUGCAGACCGGACUCAGUCAGAACGUGGUUACCAAGUGGAACUUGGUGUGUGAUUCAGCCUGGAAGGUUCACAUCGCUAAGUUCUCUUUCCUGGUGGGAUCUAUCUUCGGCUACCUGGUGAUGGGAGUCGUAGCCGACUGGUUCGGUCGUCAACCGGUUCUGAUCGUCUCGGUGCUGUUCAUGUUGGUGUUUGGUUUGAGCGUAGCAUUCUCCUUCAACGUGACUAUGUUCAGCACACUGCGUUUCUUUGAGGGUUUCUGUCUAGCUGGCCUCACUCUCUCCCUCUACGUACUGAGGAUUGAGCUGUGCCUGCCAGGCUGGCGUUUCUCCAUGACCAUGGUGGCCAGUUUCCUCAUGGUGGGCGGGCAGCUGGUGAUGCCCGGGGUGGCGGCUCUGUGUCGUGAUUGGCCGGAACAGGAUGACUGGCAGGUCCUGCAGAUCAUGAUCAUCUGCCCCUUCAUCCUGAUGCUGCCCUACGUCUGGAUCUUCCCAGAGUCCCUGCGUUGGCUCCUGGCCACCCAGCACUACGGCUGCUCUAAAGCCAUGAUGCUCCGCAUCGCCAGGAAGAACCAGGUCGACAUGACAACUGAACUCAGUGGUAUUCUAGCAGAACUGGAACAUGAGCUGCAUAAGAAGCCAAAGAGGACCUGCAUCAUCAAGAUGACCAGCACCAGAAACUUUUGGAAGAACAUCGUGGUGCUCUGUGUCAACUCAUUGACGGGGUACGGUAUCCACCACUGUUUUGCCCGCAGUAUGAUGGACCCAGAGGCCCCUGUGUCGGCCAUGUUCAAUGCCGACUACUACACCAUGGCCGGCAUCGCCGUAGCAACCUGCCUGGCGCUGUGCCCGGCCGUGGCGUUCAUGGGACGUCGGGGCGGACUCCUCACCUUCAUGAUCGUCACUGCCCUGGCAUCACUGCUGCAGCUGGGCCUGCUCAACUUGAUUGGGAAGUACAGCCUUCGCCAUGACACAGUUCUGAGGGACACACUAAACAGGAAGUUCUCGGUGGCGUUCUCCAUCAUCGGAAUGUUCUCCUCUCACGCCGUCAGCACCCUCAGCAUCUUCUUCUGCGCUGAGAUCACUCCCACCGUCAUUAGGGGUGGUGGUCUGGGUUUGGUCCUGGCCAGUGCUGGUUUCGGCAUGCUGACGGCCCCUAUCAUGGAGCUCCACAACCAAAAGGGCUACUUCCUGCACCACAUGAUCUUAGCCGCCUGCACCCUGCUGUGUAUCAUCUGCCUGCUACUGCUGCCCGAGCCGCGCAACCAACCCCUGCCAGAGAGCCUCGUGGACGGGGAGAGCUACACCCGCCAGCCCCUGCUCACCCACCGGCCUGGAGAACAGCACCUCCUUCUCACCAAACCUGGGGAUAGGGACUUAUACUCCCGCGUCCAUGAUACGCCGCUGCGUCUUACGGCCACCGGCGGCGCCACAGCAGCAGCAGCUACUGCUCUUGCAGCACUGCCUACGUCUUAUGCGUACGCUACCGGAGGAGAGGUGAUCAGUAAUAGUAUGGUGGAAAUUGGCGUGGGAGAGUCAUUGUAGCAGCAAACCCGCACUCCCCCCUGACACACACAGACAGAGGAUAGGACAAGACUGUGCUGUGGGGAUAGCUUGAGCUGUCCCACUCCUGGUCACUAUCAUGACUGGUCUGAUUCAUUCAGUCCUGCUUGUAAGAUUCUUCCAUGAGGAACUCUUUCCUUUUGAAAACUUUAAAAACCUUCCGUUUGGUUUAAUCAAGAAAUUAUUAAAAAUUAUUACCAUUUGUCUUGUGACACAAUCCUUCCACGUCUUGUUUGUGAGAAAGGCAUAAAUUGAGGUCAUGGACAUCCAAGAUUUGGACAAAACCCCAAAAUGAAAAAUAAGGCAUUACUGUUCAGACACCCCAAGAAGGCAUAUUUACCAGGAGGUUUAAUGGGUGGUAAUGUAAUGAGGUGAUGGAUUAGCAGUUAGCCUGUAGAGUAGCGACUAUGUCUACAUUCUAAAUUCCACCAUAUUCCCUACAUAGUGCACUACUUUUGACCAGGGUCUGCAUAUAGUACACUAUAUAUAGGGAAUAGGGUACUAUUUCAGACACUCGAUAUGAUUUAUUAAGUAUUUGAGGGCCUGCAAUAGAACAGGAUAUUCUUGAAACAAACGAUGGAGUUAUUCACACACCUGUGUAUGUCUUUGCAAUUAACAGAAACUCAUUACAAUGACUUACAUGUAUUAGUGCCCAUAGGGUAGUUGUUGCCACGGGUUGGCAGUGUGUCUAAUGGGUACCAUGGUCCCAGCAUGGUUCCAUGCUGGGGAGGGAUGUCAUGGUGUCUGUUGUAAGUUCUAAGCAGAGUGGUGUACUCUAAACACAUAGAGAGACACUUAUAGAGCAGCAGAGCAGACAUGGUAUUCAAUAUUUCAUUUGAAAUGUCUUUCAACAGUGAUGUGUGCUCUAUGCAUUUCAAAUUCUAUUAGUGUAACUUUUUUUUGCACUAAAAUUCAAAGUUCAAUCAAAUGUAAUCAAAUUUGUGUCAGCCAGCUCGUUUGAGGCACAGGUUUUGGGUGAAACUGCUGCACUCUAAAUGUAAUAAAAGGAGAGGUCAGGCCUAUAUACUGAAGCCUACUUGAUGGGGUUCAUUUCUGCCUCCCACCCCCCUGUCAAAAGUCAAACUUGGCACGUUAUCCUUAGUAGUAGUAUAAUCAAUGUAAAUACAUAAGAAAACUGAGUACUGCAGCCCCCAUUAAAUGUUGGUGAAUGACAGCCGGAAACCUAAAGAAACUGUGAUGGCUUUGGAAAUGAGUUUGGACUUUGAAUCUUUUUAUUGUGUUUUUAUUUCCAUAUUCUAUGGAAAAAUCAAAGGCACCGAGUGUUGAGUGGACAAUACUAAUGUCCAGUUAGUUACUAGUAUGUAUGCGUCCCAAAUAGCAGUCUAUUCCUUACAUAGGGAAUAGAGUGCCAUUUGGGAUGCAGACUGUCUACUACUACUACUAUGAAACAUCUCCGUUUCUGAAUGGCUUUAUCACAAUGGUUGUUCAGUUUUAAAAAUCCUCUGAUUUCAACUGGACAGGUGACUGAAAAUAAACUAUCAGUGAUUCAGUAUUUAUUUUUUGUCAUGUUGCCAAGGGGAUUCUUGUUGCUUGACAUACCUCUAGUUUAGCUCAUUUUCACCUGGUAAAUAAUGUUAGUUGUAUAUUGCUGUUUUUAGUACUUGUUUAAACCGCUCUCUCUAGCACAGUUAAAUAAUGUCUGGCCAUGCCAUGAAUCACAAUGUCUAGGGGUUUUGAAAUGGUUAGUGUCUAGAAUAGAUGGAAGUUAUAAUGCAAUAGAGUGAUCUAGUUAGAAUAGCUGUGGCUGACAGAGUGUUGGUAUACAAAUGUUAUACUCUUACAAAUGAUUGAAUACCAAAUGUAAGGUGUGUAUUAAUGUGCCAUCCAUUGACAAUGCAUGGACUAUCAUACAUUUUAUGCACUAUGCAUAUCAAAUAGUUUUCAUAGAACAUUUUGUCACACGAUACGUAUAGAUGACCUUAAAAAGGCCAAGUAUACUCUAUACAUUUCUACCAUGAACUAUAUUUGAAGCAAAUGGCACAUAUUUUGACACCUUGUAUUGUUUAUUUAUAAAUGUUUUCAGCGAUGAAAUGUUAUGGUAAAAUAAAUGAAUUUCCAUGAGUGAUCGAUUGUCAACCACUAAUAUUUUCUAAGUGUUUAUUUUUUAUAUAUGAUGCAUUUGCAAUAUUAAAGCCAUAAAUGUUGUUUUGAUAAUAAACUUGUUGAUUAUGUCAAUAAAUGAACUACUGAGGUGAUAAA